AUGUCUGCUGGUUACGGGACACAACAUAAUUGGCACAAGAAGAGUAUAUUUCGGGAACUUCCAUAUUGGAAGUAUCUACUUCUACUCCACAAUUUUGAUGAGAUGCAUAUAGAGAAGAACUUCUUUGACAACAUCAUCAAUACAUUGUUGAACGUCCACAGGAAGACAAAAGAUAACAAGAACUCAAGGUUGGAUUUGCCUGCAUUAUGUUCUAGGAUUGAGCUGCAUAUUAGAAACGAUGGGAAAAUUUCGGUUCCCAUUUUCAGAUUGUCAGCAGAAGCAAAAGCAGCGUUGUUCAAGUGGGUGGCAUCAAAUGUGAAGUUUUCUGAUGGAUAUGUUUCAAAUCUAUCAAGAUGUGUUGAUCAGCAGGGACAGAAGUUUUCAGAGAUGAAAAAGAUCAUCGAAGUGGAGUUCCCCGUCCUGGUGAAGCUGAAAUGCGUUCUCUUCAAAUGUGACUGGUUUGACCCCACCGUCAAUAGAGGUGUUCGGUAUAGCAAAUUUGGAGUUGUUGAUAUAAAUUCUACACGGAGGUACAACAAAUUUGAACCCUACAUAUUGGCAUCUCAAGCAGACCAAGUUUGUUUUAUUCCAUACCCGAGGAUCAGACAAUCUGGAAUAUCUUGGUUAGCCGCUAUAAAAGUUUCACCUCGGAGCCGCGUCUUGACAGAUGAACAACCGCCUUUACAAGAAGAUGCCGUAAAUGAAGUAGAAGUAUUUGAGCAAGCUACAAAUGAUAUCUUGCUUGUUGAUCCACACAACCAGGGAUAUGAAGAACUUCCAGACGAUGCAACAGAUGAAGCCAACGAAGAUGAAUUUGAAGAAAAUGAUGAAGUGGAUGAUGUUUCUGAUGAUGAGUGA